AUGUAUUGUACCCAAAGGAAGAGACUGAAGCUGAGCCGAGUCAUAUUCCUCCUAUCUGGUGUUCUACUGUGUUGUCUCUACCAGCUGUCUAUCACCUCCAAGCUCUCCCCAGGACCCUGGGAGGGGGGACGCAGUAUUGACACACAAGAGGAGGAAAUUAUAGAUUUAAUGACAACUGAAGUGUACGAUUAUUACUCUGAGACGACUACAGAUGAUGUCACACCCUCCACUACCACUGAGGUCUCAUCAUCAUCAUCAUCAUCCUCAUCAGUGACUACAAUCCGGACUAUCGUUCACUGCAUCUAUGUAGACCCAGAGCCUCCCAUUCAGAUCCCCACCCUGCCCAACCCACCACCCACCCAUCUAGUCCCCAACACCACCCAAUCCUCCCCUGCCGACCCGGGGGACGCCCCUCAUCAGAAAGGAGACUACCCCACUGAUAUCUUCUCCGUGGAGGACCGGAGACGAGGCUGGGUGUCGCUCCACAUCUUCGGGAUGAUGUACAUGUUCGUCUCACUCGCCAUUGUGUGUGACGAAUUUUUUGUCCCCGCGCUCGGCGUCAUCACAGACCAGCUGGCCAUCUCCGACGACGUGGCCGGGGCAACCUUCAUGGCGGCAGGAGGCUCCGCUCCGGAGCUGUUCACCUCUCUGAUUGGCGUGUUCAUCUCUCAUAGCAAUGUGGGCAUCGGGACGAUCGUGGGGUCGGCGGUGUUCAAUAUCCUGUUUGUCAUCGGGAUGUGUGCCAUCUUCUCCAGGGAGAUGCUGCACCUCACCUGGUGGCCCCUGUUCAGGGACGUCUCCUUCUACAUCAUAGACCUGAUCAUGUUGAUAAUCUUCUUCCUGGACAACACCAUCAUGUGGUAUGAGAGUAUAAUGCUGGUGGCUGGCUACAGCUCCUAUGUCUGCUUCAUGAAGUACAAUGAUCAGCUGGAGGCAGCAUUCAAGAACCAGCUCAGGAAACACCAGCACAUCAUUAAUAUCAUCACUGUGGCUGUUGAGGAUGAACCUGACAAGGCAGAUGACAAGACAGCAAGUCAGAAUAGUAGCCCUCCUGCCGCAGAAGACAAGAAACUAUUAAAGUUGAAGCCUGUCCUCCAGAGAGGAGGAAGUUCAGCCUCUCUUCACAACUCCACCAUGAGGAACACAAUCUACAAGCUGAUGAUUCACACACUAGACCCCCUGGGAAACA